AUGGGCAAGAUCAACCUUACAGCGCUUCAAGUACGAAAGCGUGCUCUCGCUGAACUUCAGUCCCAGCGACUCAAGGUAGCACCUGUCUGGCUCGAUGUGAUGAAUGAGGUACCUCCAGCACAAAUUUUGACCAGAAAUCAACCACAACAACACUCGGAAGUUCAAGUAAGGACAAAAUCUCUACCUAAUGGGAGAACGGAGCAAGUUGCGAUACCUGCGCCGAAGAGGAAAACAAAAUCCGGAAAGUCAUCGCGCCUGUUCGCACCCGUCAAGAUAAGAUAUGAAGAAGACAAGCUACGGAAGCAGUUUUUUCAAGAUCACCCUUGGGAGCUUGCUCGACCACGAAUUGUGGUAGAAACCACUGGCAACCAACACAAGGACUCGGACUAUGGGAAGGGCUUAGAACAACCUCUACUACCUCUGUCCGGCGAGUCCGUGGUACAGCGGCAGUUACAUCUGCUACAUACCGUACCCGACAUUACCACUGAGCAAGCCUACGAUAUCGCCCGACGGGAAUUCUACUCCCUGAGGAGGCAAGAAGCUACCAGAUUGCGCAUUGCAAAAGAAGAAAUGCUGCACAUGGGGGCCACGCCCGAGAAAGGUGUGUUACAAUGGAGCAUGCAGAUUGAGAACAAGCACUACAACGACUGGGAGGCGUGGGCGAGGGGACAGGUCAGUGAACAGAUUCAAAGGAGUGCUGCUUUUAGUGGUGAAUUAGCUCCUGCUCCUGAACAACAAAUACUUGGUGCGGGCAAUCCAGGAUCGACCAGAGGUCCGUUCGGCACCCAGCAGCAGCUUUCAGCACGGGUCAACCGAGGCGAAAUAUAG